AUGACGGCGGACGAUGGAAGUACCUUGACUCUGGAACUUUGUCACAUUCAAUCUUAUCCCAAUGGCAGGAAUGACAGUGGCGAUAAUUCUAGUGGUAUUAUCGUCGAACCGAUCCCUACAACAACAACUACAACAUCAACAACAACUACGACUACCACUACAACAACAAGUAUCGCUGUUCUUACAUUUGGAGAUAUUCCAUCAGCAAGUCCUGAUCAAGGCAAUAUUACAUCACCAUACUAUGGACUUAAUUGGUCAAACUUCUACUAUAUAAAUGCAUCUGCAUAUACAACAAGUGCUUAUCACUAUAUUCAAGGGACUGGUCAAUAUGUUGCAUGGUUCAAACAGACUGCGACAAUACAACCAAGUGGUGGUGGCACGAUAGGAAUCAACUCAUUUAUAGCGGUUGCUCCAUGGACACCUGCAUUGACUCUAGGUAUUACUGGUUAUUAUUUAAAUUCACAAGUAAACUCAACUACAGUUCCUCUGACUAAUACUGGAUCAACUACAGUCACCCUUAAUUGGCUUGGACUCGAUACAAUUCAAUUUACAACAACCGGAGGUACUCCUCCGGAUAUUGGAAUAAAUAAUUUAUCUAUUACUUUUUGA